GUAGUCACUGCUUGGAACACACUUGGAGAAAGUGAAUAUGAUGACACAAUGGUUAAGAGUAUAACAAUGACUAAGAAAGAAAGUGGUACUAAAAGGCCUUUGGGUGAAAAGAAUUCCAAAUGUUUGACAGGUGUUGGCGUCAUCGCUGCAAUACUUAUAGCAUCACUGGUUCUUAAUGUGCUGCAGUUCCUGUUCAUAUGGAAAAAGAUAAGACUUAAUGAGAAUAGACGAAAUCCAGAUAAUGAAAGAUAUACCAACCAGGGAAAUGAUGAUCAAGUAUAUGACAAUGCAUUUGAAUUGCAACAAAAUUCGUCAUCCCAUGCUGUACUUGAAUCAAAAAACCCAGCUCCGGAUUAUGAAGCUGUACAGCUGCAGCGGGGACAACAACAAAAAAUUCGCUCCAAAAAUCUUGAAAACUCAAAUUCUUACGAAGCCCCCUCUGCCACUACUCAACCAAGUAUUUACCAGUCUUUGUCGACUACAGGCCCUGUACCGAUGAACAAAAAACCGGUGUACGAAACUCUUCGUACAGGAGUCCCGCGUAAUGACAAUGAGACAAAUAUGUACCAACCGCUUGGUCUAAGAAACCAAAACUCAGAUUACCAGACCCUGCAUAUUGAUGGCAGUGAUUCUACGAUAUGAUGGCAGUUGUCAUUGGAUUAGCGAACAAACAGCAAUACGAAGCAAUAGACCUUUAGCAUGACGUUCUUGCUACUGAAAUACCGCAACCUCAAACUGCAGUUUGACCUUAGGCAUUUUGUGGGAAACUUUCGACGUUUAUCAAGGCGUCAUAACAAAGUAAUUGUUGCUGGAAGAGCCGCGAUAUAAAAUUUCAUCGAUGCCGAUUGUAUCUCCGUGUUUGCGAGCGUGUAUUAUGAGAGAAAAUCAAUGUUUUUACAGACUAAGCUAUACAUCAGUUUUCUAAUUACUAUUUCUUAUCAUAUGAAAACAAGAUAAAGAACGAUCAAUUAGCUACUAAAAAUAUCGAUAUAAGAUUUUAGUAAGGCUACCAUCACGUACAAGCUUAGAUAAUGGUAUGCUUUGAACAUACAAGUAAACCUCUUAAACACUCCCAUUAGCAUGUACACCUCUGGUUACACCCUAAACACUCUUUACCCCUUUGCUUAGUUAUUUUAGCACUAUUCGUUUAAAUCUUAUGAUAUAAAUAUUCCUCACAGUCUUUUCUAUACAUUUACCAUAUAUUCAAAUAUUAACUUUAGUUUAAGCUAUGUUUAAUUCUAAGAUUUUCACUCGUAUUACUCUUUGAUAAGAUAUCACACUUAGGAAUUUACUAUUUCCUUUAGCCAAUCAAGACUCAGCGAUAAUAUCACAUUGAUUGUAGACUGACACCUGUCAUGAAGUUAUYAUAAAUAGAGCUCAUGUAAUAAAUUUAAGUCACUAAGACAGAAGAGAGAAGUGAAUAAAGAUCCCAUAGCUCCAACCGAGAGCGGUCACCCAUAACACGUGUUUCUGAGCCUUACCCAUAGCCGUUUGUAGUUAGCGGUAAACAUAAUGCGAUAAACAUAAUUUAAACUAGUUAGAGCUAACCUGCGGGGUCAUAUAUGGACUUUAUAGCCACUGCAGGGGCGUCUUGUUGCUUUCCACAUCUCUUUCUGAUAUGACCCUAAUAGGAGUCUCCUGUCGCAAUCAUUAUGUAAACAGAUAGCGGAAUGAGAUUGUUUAGUAUUGAUUUUAUUAAAAGGCCAAUUUUUAAAAUCUCGGAGAUGAUUUAAAAGUAGUCUCGGAGAGUGCCCGUGAGAAUCU